AUGAUGUUCCAGAAAAUUACUCGACGUUUCCUGUUUUUCACAUUCAUAGCUGCUUUUGUUAUUUUAUUUCUGCAAUUUCUUAAUCUACAUUCACCGGUCAAUAUAAAACAUAUAUACGGAUAUACCAAAUAUUCCAACCAAGAAUUUCUCCUGUCCAGGGAGAGUUAUGAAACAACAGCCAGUCGGAGGUCAUCUGUUGAUCACACUAAUCAGUUCCAUACGGAAAAAUUUCAUUUCGAAUUCCCUGCUCUAACAAGUGUCGUACCAAUUAAUUGUCCAUUGCUUUUUGCUGGUAAUUCAUCGGAACAAAAACGUGCAGUGAUGUACACCAAGGAAUCUAUACGACAGACGAUGGAAUUUUACCAUACACGAGUGCAAAACUGUUCAACUUUGAAACAUGGCUAUAUCACAAGCUAUCUGACACAGGAAGAAAAAUCUUUCCCCAUUGCAUACAGUAUAUUGGUUUACAAGAAUUUAGUCCAGGUCGAAAGACUUUUAAGAGCUAUAUACAGGCCUCAAAACUUUUAUUGCAUACAUAUCGAUUUGAAAGCUGAUCAGGAUUUUAAGAAGACAAUGUCACAAAUUGCUGCCUGCUUUGACAAUGUGUUUAUAACCAGUAGAUCGGUAGAUGUACGCUGGGGCACAUUCACAGUACUGGAACCAGAACUUAUUUGUAUGAAAGAACUAUGGACUUACAAAACAUGGAAAUACUUUAUUAAUCUGACAGGACAAGAAUUUCCCCUGAGAACAAACGCAGAAAUUGUCAAGAUCUUGAAAAUAUAUAACGGCACAAAUGACGUCGGUGGCACAGUGAAGAGGGCAAAUAAAAAACGAUGGGCUAACGCAGGGUCGCCCCCUAGUGGCGUUGUUGUGGGGAAGGGCUCCGUUCAUAUCACUGUCAACAGACAUUUUGUCGAUUAUGUCCUUCACAACCAAACAGCACAAGACUUUUUGAAUUGGUGCAAAAAGACAUUAGUUCCAGAUGAAACUUACUUUGCCUCUCUAAAUCACAACCCUCAGCUAGGUAUCCUGGGUUCUGCUAACGGAUAUGAAGAACCAUACAUAAUGAAUUCAAGAUUCAAGAACUGGAGAAGCAGUCCUUGUGCCGGAAAAAUAGUUCGACAAAUUUGUAUAUUUGGUAUUGGAGAUCUGCCUGUACUUUUCAGCAGAAAUGAACUAUUUGCAAACAAGUUUUACUGGGACUUUCAACCCCUCACUUUAGAUUGUAUGGAGGAGUUAAUUUAUAACAGAACAAGAGACGGCUAUCUCAACAAGACGGAAUUUAACGUAACAUUUUACAAGAAUUUGCAUUUUUUGACGAACCGCUCUAGGUGA